AUGGACGGAGGUGAUACUACUCAAACGGUGAAAGACAAUUCCGGCGACAUCGCCGGCGGUGGUGAAACGACUCUAAGUUAUAUGUUCAAGUCAGCCUCGAUUCCACCGUCGGAUUAUUCAAGUCCAUCCUUUCCCAGCCGACUGAGAACUGUACUUCAGUUGGCUUGGGAUUGUAUGCUAAUGCAUUUUCCUGUUCUGAGGAGUCUGGAGGCAGACCACACAGUUCAUCUUAUUCGAGGUUCUGCCGCAACUACUUCUGCUAGUGCAACCAAUGUUGUAAAUCCAAAUGCUAAUCAGGAUGCUCCCAGGGUUGCUGUUCCCACUACAGGGGGGCUGUUUGUCAGAGUUGGUGGAGGUCCACUCUUUUCUGAACUUGGAAGUAGAGGUGGUCUGUUUGGAGCUGGACUUCCAGAUUUUGAGCAGGAUCUAGUGAAUGACCCAGAAAUCAUCUGCAAUUUUAUCGUGAACAGUCCUCAAAUGCGAGAGUAUGUGAAUCUUAAUCCCGAGCUCCCACACAUUUUCAAUGACCCUGCUAUAUUUCUCCAGAUAUGGGAGGCUGCACGUAAUGAACUCAUGCAUGAGACGAUAAGAACUAUUCAAUGGUCAUUGAGCCACACUGAAUCGUCUCCUGAUGAAUUUAACAUGCUAAGGCACAUGUAUGAGAAUGUCGAAGAGCCAUUUCUGAAUGCAACAAGCAUGGCUGAACAAGGCAGAAACCGGUCAACUAACCCUCCAGCUACUGGUUCUGACACAACUGCUAAUCCUCCUGGUCCGGAUCCGAACCCAGUUUCAGAUCCUUGGGCAUCAGCUGACUUUGGAGGUGCCCAAAUGAAUACCGCUCCCAGAUCAAAUGCUUCUAGGAAUAUUUGGGGACCCUCUCUUGGUGGUUUGGAUGACAUAGCAGAUUUGCAGCGAAUGCUCGGUGGCAUACCUGGCGCCACUUCUGAAAAUUAG